AUGUGGCCUGUAGUUAUGUUACUUUUUGGAGGUGGUGUUUUAUUUGUCAAGAAAGGAUUAAAUUAUGUAAGGAACCAAGGAAUUCAAAUGAAUGGUAAAAGAAGCUUUUUUCCUUCAGCUUUUAAUAAAAAUUUGAAUAAUUUAUUUUUAAAGAAUGAUUUAAAAGGAUUUGAAAGAAAUAUGUCCAAAUCAGAAGCUUUCAAAAUAUUGAAUAUAAACCCAACAACAAAUAAAGAAAAAAUUAGAGAAGUUCAUAAGCAGUUAAUGUUAAAAAAUCACCCAGAUAAUGGAGGUUCUACUUACAUAGCUGCAAAGGUUAAUGAAGCUAAAGACAUAUUAUUGAAGUGA